UUAACAGUGAUAAACCCUACUGCUAUGACGAGGAGAAUGGCUGCCAUGUUUUCAUUGAGGACUAAUUUCCUUGGCGGCCCUUCUCCGCGGCUCAAGCCAACGAUUGCUACUACUGCUACAACGCUGAGCACUGUGAGAGCGCUUGCUUCUUCUUCCUCUUCUUCUCCUUCUCAAGCUUCCGGGAGCAACCAGCAUUUGAAACUGGGAUUCCUGGGACUUGGAAUCAUGGGCACAGCAAUGGCAAGAAAUCUCGUGAAAGCCGGCUACGAUGUCACCGUUUGGAACAGAUCUGCGAGUAAAUGCGAAGCUUUAGUGAGCGAAGGAGCAAGACGAGGUUCCACACCAAAGAAUGUCACCGAAAUGUGCGACGUCACGUUUGCGAUGCUUGCUGAUCCAGUUGCAGCACUCGAAGUUGCUCUCGGGAGUGAUGGCGCUCUUGGAGGGUUGGGCCCGGGGAAAGGAUAUGUUGAUGUAUCAACCGUCGAUGCCGGGACAACUAAAACUGUAUGCGAGGCAGUGAAAUCUUCAGGCUCUCUCUUCUUGGAGGCGCCAGUCUCGGGAUCCAAGAAGCCAGCCGAAGAAGGAAAACUUAUUUUUCUAGCUGCUGGAGACAAGGAGUUGUAUGAUACAGUAGUACCAAUGCUAGACGUGAUGGGCAAGUCGCGGUUUUACUUGGGAGCUCCGGGAAACGGAGCUGCAAUGAAAAUUGUUGUUAACAUGAUCAUGGGAAGCAUGAUGGCAAGCUUUGCCGAGGGUCUGAUGCUUGGAGACAAAGCUGGCCUUGAUCCUCAAACUAUACUAGAGGUUCUAUCCCAAGGUGCUAUCAACAAUCCAAUGUUCUCCCUAAAAGGUCCAACAAUGUUAGCAAGGAACUACACUCCAGCCUUUCCUUUAAAACACCAGCAAAAGGACUUGAGAUUGGCAUUGGACAUGUCUGAUAAGCUUUUGCAAAACAUCCCAAUUGCUGCCGCUGCAAAUGAAGUGUAUAAGGUUGCUAAAGGUAAUGGUUUGGGUGAUGAUGAUUUCUCUGCUGUCAUUGAGGCCUUUAGAAAUAAAUGAGAUUGUAUAUUUUUUAA